UAGAGAAGAACAGUUGGGGAGGGGGAAUCUAAAUUGUACGUAUAACCCCUUUGGAAAUACCAAAGCAAUUUUGAAAGUAGUGUAGAUGAGAUGGCACUGCGAUUGUGAUUGUCCAUGGCUGAAGACUGGCUUUAAGAGAAAGGUUCAUUCCAGGAAAAGAAAGGAGAUGGCAUGAACUAAGGAAAUGAAGGAGGAGAGAAGUAAGUCAGAAGCUAGACCAGAUAUGUUUAAAGUAGGGAGUGAAUGAGUGAAAAUAGACGAAGGGGAAUUAGAAGAGAGAGAUGAUGUCAGCUGAGAUACAGACAUUACUGUGAGUAGACUGAUACUGGAAAGAAUACAGGAUAGAAUAGCUGAACUGGCAAUUCGCUGGAGAAGGCCUCAGCAUUUGGGUGAACUUUGAAUCAUGGCCUCCUACAUCAUCUCAGGAUCGCUGUAGCUGCCAGUUCUACCAUGGAGAAGCUAUUGCCACUGACAGCAGGGGAAAGUGAGCCCAUUGUCCACUGUGGGGGGCAUUCCCACAAGGACUGCUGUGAGCGGGUGGUGAUAAACGUUUCUGGCCUACGAUUUGAGACCCAAGCAAAGACCUUGAAACAGUUCCCCAACACUUUACUGGGUGACCCUCGGCGGCGUAUGCAGUACUACGACCCAUUGCGCAAUGAAUACUUCUUUGAUCGCAACCGGCCUUGCUUUGACUCUAUCCUGUAUUACUACCAAUCUGGAGGGCGGCUUCGAAGGCCAAUCAAUGUCCCUAUUGAUGUUUUCUUGGAGGAACUCAAAUUCUAUCAGCUGGGGGAAGAAGCUCUCACCAAAUUUCGUGAUGAUGAAGGAUUCAUCAAGGAAGAAGAGCAGCCUAUGCCUGAGAGAGAAUUCCUCAAACAAGUGUGGCUGCUCUUUGAACAUCCAGAGAGUUCCCAGGCUGCCCGCAUCAUUGCAAUCAUUUCAGUUAUGGUCAUUCUUAUCUCCAUCGUGAUUUUCUGCCUGGAGACUUUACCUGAAUUUCGGGAUGAGAGGGACAUCUCUUUGCCGCUUGUCCACCAUCAUUUGAAUAGCAGUGCUGCCCUGCCACCACCAAAGUCUCAUUCUGAAGACCCUUUCUUCAUUGUAGAAACCAUUUGCAUCUGUUGGUUCUCCUUUGAACUCCUGGUGCGGUUCACAGCCUGCCCAAGUAAGCCAGCUUUCUUCAAGAAUAUCAUGAACAUGAUUGAUUUUAUAGCCAUCAUCCCUUACUUUGUUGCCCUUGGUACCGAGUUUGCACGCCAGCGUGGGGUAGGCCAGCCUGCCAUGUCAUUGGCUAUCCUCAGAGUCAUCCGGCUGGUGAGAGUCUUUAGAAUCUUCAAACUCUCCAGGCACUCCAGAGGAUUGCAAAUCCUAGGUCAGACGCUGAAAGCCAGCAUGAGGGAGCUGGGCUUGCUCAUCUUCUUCCUCUUCAUUGGGGUCAUCUUGUUCUCCAGUGCUGUCUAUUUUGCAGAAGCUGAUCAUGAAAAGACAAAUUUCAGCAGCAUUCCUGCUGCAUUCUGGUGGGCUGUGGUUACCAUGACGACUGUGGGAUAUGGUGAUAUGUACCCUGAAACUAUUGGAGGCAAAAUUGUGGGGUCCCUCUGUGCCAUUGCUGGAGUACUCACCAUCUCACUUCCAGUGCCUGUCAUUGUCUCCAAUUUCAGCUACUUCUAUCACCGAGAGACCGAUUGCGAGGAUCAUGGUCAAUACACCCACAUUACAACCUGCCCAUAUACCCCACCACCAUCCCCAGAACUUGCUGCCAUCCAAAAGAAGGCUCACAUCCAAGGGAAGGCUCAACUUAGGGAGAAACAUUAUGGGGACAAAGAACUAAUUGUGCCCAGUUCAGAAUUUCUAGAUGGCAUGGUGCCUAUAGGCAACUUAGAAGUGCCCAACAGACGUCUUGUGACCCAAGUGUGAUCGUCUCAUCCACCCAAGCAAUUCUUGCCUGCUACAUGCCUUCCCUUACUUCAUCUCAGCAUGUUUAACUGGAAAGUUCUGCAUAAUAAUGCAAUGAGCCAGAAGUCUGAUCUGUUGUGCUUAAAAACUAGUAAUGGGUUCAGAGAUAUGCUUCACCUUAAUUGUAGAGGGGGAGGAUUUGAAUAGACAGAUAUGUUUAAAUUUGGGAUGGGGCAAAUUACUAUGGGUUGCCAAAGGAUCAGACUAUACAGUAAGAAAAAUGAAUUAAAUUGCAAAGAGGCAGUUCAACAAACACAUAUUCUGCCACACUGUUCUUUCUUUAGUUGGAGUUGCAGUCAAUCAAGAAAAAGUGUCUUCUCUCUGAUUCUUUUAUUUCCCUCUACUGUGUCACCCACCUCCUUCUGUGACUCAAAAAACUGAGGGCAUGAAGGUGCCUUUAGGAAACCACAGCACUGUGUUCUUGGGUUAUAUCUGCUGGAUCGUUCAAUGGAACAUACCCAGGACAACCAGAUCCCAAAUAGCAAGAGUGGGAAUAAAUAAGGGAAUGCCAUCAGGCAAUUGUUUUUGAUUCAGGGUAUCACAGGGAACAUUGUCAUCAUGCUAAGAAGGAACUGUAAAUACAUCUCUAGGCAAGACCUGCUGCUGCUGCUGCCACCGCUGCUGCUACUACUACGGUACUACAAGUUUUCCAUCAGCCUGCUUCUUUCCUAACAUAGGGCUCCUUUACUUAGAUUCUACAAUAGAUAAUUUGCCUUCAUUUUUCUGGGAAUUUACUUUAGAAGGCAUAUGCUGUUGUUGUUUUUUUAAGCAAUAGCAAAACUGUAAUGCUUAUACAAUUUGUUUUAGGAACCACUUCCUUUUCUUCUGAAAUCUAGUGUAACCCCCUUCUCAUCAAGCAAUUCCAAGAACAGCACAUUCUUCUGCCUCGGUGCUCACUCCCCUACAAAGAAAGGGGACAAUUUAAUAUAACAUUAAAUCCAAGGUCAGCCCAGUUAACUAUACCCCAAACCAGCCCAACUUAAAAACAGGCAGGGCAAGGCAGCCUAGAUUGAGUAACAGAUCUUGUGUGUGUGUGCACACGCACACUUUUGAGUCAGCUUUGACUCCUGGCAACUACCUGGACUAGUCCAUCCAGUUUUCUUGACAAGAUUUUUGGAAGUGGUUUGCCAUUCCUCCUUCCUAGGGCUGAGAGAGCGCGACUGGCCCAAAGUCACCCAAAUGGCUUCAUUCCUAAGGCAGAAGUCUCCUAGUUUCUAGCCUGGUGCCUUAACCACUACAUCAGACUGGCUCUCCUUAGGGUACCAUUAAAGAGCAGCAGCUGAUCAUUACUCAACCCCUCCCUCUUUCAGUACCGUGGUUUUUUUGCCUAUGGUGUCAAAAUAUUGUGAGUUGUUCCUGGACAACCCAAUGGUCUAUCCUUACAAAUAUGUGCAAUUAUGCUCUUUCAUUGCUUUUUAUAACCAUGGAACAAAAACUCUUCUGCUUCAAUUUAAACAUUGUCAGGUUCAUUCAGGGAAAACACAAUCCUUUUCCAUCACAAGCCAGAAAACUGUUAAAAAACUUAGUGUUGAACUCAGGUUAACCUUCUGCUGGCUAUAGUCAAGCAGCUUCUUUCACUUCAUGUACAUGAGAACAACAAUUUUUUCCAACCUGGUAUCUUUCACGUUCACUAGAUUACAGCUCUAAUCUUUCUGGCUGGAGUUUAUAAAAGCUGUAGACCAACCAUUAUGGAGGGCACUAGACUGGGAAAGAUCGGGUUAGACAUUUGCUCUAUGAAGGUAAUUCUCUUUUUCAGUUGUCCCAUGAAAUAUUUGUAGGGAAUGGAAGGGGAAGUGGUUCUGAAAGUCUUAACAAAUAUCCAUCUGUCAGGGGAAAAAAGUAAAACUGAAAAAGAGACAGACCUCCCUAAUACCCAUCUCCCAGCCACUUUAUUUGUCUUAAUAUAAUUUGUAUUCCACUGGUCUUAAAAUGAGAGAAAGGGAAAAGUUUACAUUUUUAGUCGAACAACAGCACUUUCUCUCAGUUAUAAUUUGUUUUAUUUUAAAAAGUAGGGCAAAAAGAACUAUACAAAUGGGGGGGAAAGCUUCUUGAGCUCAAUCAAGUUUAAAAGGACAGAGAGUGA